AUGGGCGAGUCCACUUCUUCCAUCGGUCCCACCACCAUCACGACGACUACUGAUGACAGCCAGACAACAGGUGCCAAGCUGAAACACAAGGGCACGGAGCUGUUCGAGCGGGUCGCGCAAGCUGCGGUGGAGGGCAUCGAGAAGUUCGACGCGCAGGCGCUGUCCAACACGCUGUGGUGCCUCGCAACUUUGGAGAUCUGGGGCCGCCCUUUGAAGGGCCGCAGCCGGAGCAAGCAUGGCGGUGCAGUGCGAGCUGACCACCCAGGAGGUGACGAACCUGUCGUGAUCGUCGGCAAAGCCUGGCUUUGGGCCCAUGAUGAGCAAUUCCUAAGGGCCCUCGCUGCCCAGGCUAUGAGCCACAUCACCGAACUGAACAAGCCCCUGGCUGAGCUUUCGCUCUCGCAAGAGAUCUCCAACAUGGCCUGGACGCUCUGCCCCCAGAUGCUGGAAGGUGCCGCAGCGGCACAAGCAGUCGAGCGCAUGUCGGAGCUUGGUGAGCUGGAGAUUUCAAACACGGCGUGGGCGUUUGCCCGCAUCUCUGCGCGCGACGAAAGGCUAACAGAAGCUGCUUCUGCAGCCGCGAUGGCGCGGAGUGCCUCUGCCCUCGGUGGCGGCGGCACGGUAGACAACAUCGAAGGCCUGAACCCAAAUGGAAUCUACUCGAUCGUUUGGUCGUCCUGGCGCUCGGGACGCGCUCGGCUGACGGCUGCUUUGGCCAGGCAGCAAGAACGGCCGGAGAUCGACCCGGAGUCCCUCGUGCGGGGCCUCCUCCUGAUGGAGAGUGCCUGGCAGCACGAUCAACUCCGGGAAAGCGGCGUCAUGUCGAUGCUUCUCGGCUUCCCGGGGGGAGCCUUGCACUCAGCUUCCCUUUGA